UGUUCGUACAUAUUUGUAUUAUUGUCAGCAUAUAUUUUACAGUCAAUCCAUUUGUUUCUAAUGUUGUUAAAAUUAUAUACUAAACAAGAAGAAGGAAAAAUACUAAGGGGUUGACUAGCAUGAACUAGUGAGGGAUGUUCGGCAGACGGGGCAUGCGAAGUGGGAGAGUAACCAUGGAUGUACACAGUGCUCGUGAAACACGUGGCCGCAGCCGAGGGUCACCACCACUCGAUUGUCCACCGACGAGCAUACGUUGUCGCAUAAACCAACGGGCAUAUCUGGCUCGAGCAUGUGACGUGGUGACGGGGUGGCAGGGUCCAGACAGAUGGAGCACAACUUGUGAGCAUUCGACGAGUGGUUUUGGUUCGUACGUGGUGUACGCUGGGGUUGCUUCAACUGGUGCAAUGCAUGGGUGACGUGGACGUGUCGCCUUGAUGGGAUGUCCAGGAAGAGAUGCAGCGCGUGUCGAGCGGCGCCGACGGCCGCGCAGUCCAAAUCCCGACCCGUGGUGGCAUCGAGGAGGUCGUUGACGAAGGUUUCGACGACCCAUGUGCGCUGGGUGACGACAGCGUCCACUUUCAAGUCAGACGACAGGUCGAAGAAGCGCGACUUGAUGGCAGGCGGGCGUGCAGACGCGAGUCGGCGCAGUGGACCGCAGCAGGCGAAGGUCGUGCACGGGUGCUCGAGGAUGCAGCGUCGGACGUUGUCGUGGAGCGCCGCGAUCUGGACAUGCGACUUGCGCAGGGCGUACGUGGAAGCCGUGACUGCAUUGUCCUGUACGAACACCACGUAGUUGGCGUCCAUAGCCUUGAGUGGCGAUCGGCUUGUGUUGACAGAGUGUUUGGGAGGCGAGCCUGGGGUCACGACCACCUCUAGGGAUGGCGUGUCGUCGGCUGGAGGAGGGUGGUGAUGAUCAUGAUGGGAUGAAGCGGAUGGAACAGCAUCGAGGAACCCUUCGAACGAGACAAACACCAUGGCGAUGUCUUCUCCCGUAACUAAUGCAAUCCACCUUGAGGGGCGCUAAGAAAACGGCCAAAUAUAUCUGAAACAACCAAGCAAACAUGGAAUGUCAGCGGAACAUGGAUAAUGGUUCAACCAUCGUGGCUUGGGAUUGGUUCAUGAUGGAUCCUACGAGCCAAUCACAUCAUUUCACUUUGGCAUUGUAUUGCACUCGUAGAUUGUAUGCCGCCCCGCAAUUUCAAAAAAAUGACGUGCAAUUCCAUAUUGGUAUUGACGUGCAAAGGGAUACAUGGCGGCGCUGUUUGGACCGUUGCCGGCGGUGAAUCGGGAAGCGUUCAAAUGGGUGCCGGACAAAGAUACCGCCAAGUGCAUGAACUGCCACGCGGAUUUCUCCAUGAUCAAUCGAAAGCACCAUUGCCGCCGCUGUGGCCAUGUCGUAUGCUCCAACUGCUCGCCCAAUAUCCGCCGCAUGUCUCCACAAGAUCCAUUCGUACGUGCUUCAGCAGUUUUCACUAUCUCUCUCGCCUCCAUCUUGCCGCCGUUGCUCCUUUUCAUGGGAUUGUCUCGGUCCCUUCAUGAAUUCUCCAUAGCCGGUACGAGUGUGCAAUCCAUGUUAUACGGCGCUGGACGAGCAUUUGACGUCCACGAUGGAAUGGUCUGGCAUGUCUGGACACACCCCCACCGAGGUACUAACUGGCUUCUUCGUCGCUCUCCACGCAUGAUCAUCAUGCGGGUGUACAUUGUAGGCGGAGCGCACUUCGGAGCCUGUGGCCAACUCUGGCCGCGUGCGCAUCGGUCAGUUGUAUGUGAAAGUCGUCGAGGCAAUUGGCCUUCCGUCCACAGAUGCGAUCGCCAACUCGAUCACAAGCGACCCGUUCGUUAAAGUCGUGCUCACCGGUCGGUGGUCCCACGGCCAGGUGCGUCCUCCCUUCCCCUUGACAAUCCUCCUCGUCAUCAUCAUCAUGUCAUAGGAAUGGUCCAAGGAACUGCAGUCCACGAAACUGACCAAGCGCAAGUCGCGCACACUCAACCCCCGGUGGCACGAGACGUUUGUGUUCAACGUGUGCGCGCCAGGUGCCGAGCUCGUGCUGGAGGUGUUCAACGCGGGCCAACUCACGCAGCAAGCCACCAAACUCGGCCAGGCCACGGUGCCCCUCGUGGACUUGAUGGACCAGCGGCGGCACAACAAGUGGCUCGACUUGCAGUUGCCGCCGACAUUGCACCGCCACGGCCUCAACAACGACGCCCGGGCCGGGCGCAUCCACGUGCUGCUGCACUUCAAGUUCGCGCGCGUGGCCGAGUUUCUGUCGCACUUUACGGCCGAAGAGCGAUACACGGCACCGUGGCCGCCGUUCAAAGCUGCGAUCUUGUACAACAACUUUUGGAUUUUGCUCGACGACUUGUGGCCGUACUUGGAGGUCGUGUGGAGCAUCUCGCCAACACUCAACUGGGACCACCCGUCGCGGUCGAGCUUCGUCCUCAUCGCGGUGCUGUGGAUGUGCAUGUACAUCGAGUGGGUGCCCGUGCUCGUCCACGUAGCCAUGAUUGGCAUGACCAUCAAGAACUUGAUCGUCGUGUCUGUGAAGAUGGCCACGGCCGACUCGGCGGUGCCCACUCCUCCAGUCAUGUUUCAUUCGUCGUCCAAUACGCCCUCCACGAUGAUGUCGACGGCGGCAGCAGCAGCAACGGUGCUCACAUCAUCUUCAUAUUCUUCGUCCUCGGCAGCUUCUCCAGUGUCAAGCAUGGGCACUGGCACGUCGUCGUUAUUAACGGCCUCGGUAUCAUCAUCUAGCAGUUCUGCGGUGGGCGGCGGCGGCGGCACCACGUCGUUGCUAUCGAUGGAUGGAGGCGCCCUGCAUGACGACCCCCCACGUGUGUACUCCCUUCCGCAGGGGUUCCACCACAUCACAGACAAGAUGGCGCAAGUGACCACCGACGCCGAAACGAAGAUGACGCUGCAGCGCGUGCAAAACAACAUGGCGUGGUGGUCCGGGAUCAUCAAGUCGAUCGAACUUAUGUUCUCGUGGGAAGACUUCUUUUACACGCUGCAGAUCUUCGUCGCGCUCGUCGUGAGCUGCGUUUUGCAUGUGUUUGUGCCCAACCAGUAUCUCCUCAUGGUGUUCGUCGUGUACCUCUUCACCAUGUGGACGGUGCCAUUCGGCCUCUUCACGAGAGCCAUCUACGGGCUCAAACAGGGUCUGUUGUCGCUGCUGCAUCAGCAACGACUGCGCGCGCAUCAUGAGAAAACGGUGGAAACCAGUCGAAGUGCCGCGGCCGCCGCCGCGGCGAAUGGGGCGCCGUUCGACUCGUCUGCAAGCAGAGUGCGACGUGGUCUGAGCAUGAGUCGGAAUGAAGUCGUGUCCAGGAAGGAGCACCGCUUUGGUGCCGCUGCCACGGCCUUGUCCCGUCGGUUUGCAGAAGAAAUGAAUAAUGGCGCGUCGGCACAAUAAGAUCAAGCAUAUCCCUCGUUUUAGUGACCCGAUUAGUCAAAAGUAAUAAUGUACAUCGAAGUAGUA